CGUGGAGAGGCAUUAUCGGAGUGUUCACAAGGCAUAUGACAGCGACUUCCCUCCGAGUAGCGAGUUGAGAAAGAGAAAGGUGAGGGAACUUAAGUCACAAUUAGCUGGACAGCAGUCACUUUUCUUAAAGCCGACAUCCACCGCAAAGGCAGCCACUGAAGCAUCUCUACGAGUGAGUCACGCUAUAAUCAAACACAAAAAAUCCUUUCAAGAUGGAGAGAUGGUGAAAGAAGCCUUCGUAGAAGCAGCAGACGCCUUGUUUCGGGAUUACACAAACAAAACAGAAAUAGUAAACGCUAUCAAGGCCGUCCAAUUAUCACGGAGCACAGUCACACGUCGCUGUGAAGUCAUGGCUGAGGAUUUGACCCAGCAACUCAGGAAGGACAUAGAAGACUGCGAGUGUUUCUCACUCCAACUAGACGAGUCCACUGACGUGAGCGAUACAGCACAAUUGUGCGUUUUUAUCCGGAUGGUGUUCACAGACAUGACGGCGAAAGAGGAACUGCUGACAAUUCUGCCAAUGAAGGAACACACUCGGGGCGAGGACAUUUUUCGGACGUUUAAAAACUUUGUUGACAAAACUAAACUCCCCAUGUCUAAGUUGAGUUCCAUCACAACGGAUGGUGCGCCUGCGAUGGUGGGCCGGUGUAAUGGCUUCAUCGCAAAAUGCAGAGAGGAUGACAUAUUCCCUGACUUUCUGAAUUAUCACUGCAUCAUACACCAGCACGCACUUUGUGCUAAAAUGCUGAACAUGAAAGAGGUAAUGGAUGUGUCACUUAAAGUGGCCUGUUCUAUUCGGGCAAGACCUCUUCAAAGACGGCUGUUUCGUGCAUAUCUGGAGGAUGCCGACUGUGUUCACACUGACCUCUUACUACACACCGACGUAAGAUGGCUGAGUAGGGGCAAUUUUCUCGAGAGAUUUCGAGUGCUUCUACCGGAGAUAAAGGCAUUUCUCCAUGGCACCAAGCUCGCGGAGUACGCACGUCUAGAUGACGAGGAGUGGCUGUUAGAUCUGGCGUUCUUAACAGACAUUACACACAUGUUAAAUUAGCUGAACUUGGAGCUACAAGGGAAAGACAGAACUGAUCAUGUCAACUGUGGUUGACAUGAUCAGUACUUGUACUUGUACUUGAGAUUUCAGGACAUGGAGAUUGGUUUCUUAAUAGAGAGGUUCACAUGCCUUUUUAGGUAUUUGUUUCUGUAGUUAUCCCAUGUAUAAAUAAAACGUGUUAUUCAGCCCCUUGCAAUUUGAGAUUUUAUUUUUGGUUGGUAG